UGCUGCAGAAGCAUUUGGGACGUCUUGGAGCGGAGGGAGAUCCGACCGCGCCGCUCCACCUGCGAAAGAUCCUCCGCUCCUUGAUACAGAACCUGUUGAAGGAGAGCCUUUCAAUAUCGUUGUCGGGUUUAUCAGGGUCUCCGCGAAAUGAAAGCGACGGAUCAGCUGUGCUACUAUGACGGCAACACAGUGGUUGCUGCCGACGUUCCCACCGGUCACAAAGAAGAGCCUGAACGAGGACGGUUCGCAAACAGAGCAGAAUCCGUCCUGUACUGCAUCGGUUCUGCUGUUGGCAUAGGAGACAUAUGGAGGUUUCCAAUACUCGUCUACCAGAAUGGAGGAGGCGCAUUCUUCUUGGCGUACAUUGUGAUUAUGGUGCUGGUUGCCAUCCCGUUGUACACCAUGGAAAUAGCCUUUGGACAAUUCUCAAGCUUAGGGCCGAUGGCAGUCUGGAAAUGUCUUCCAGUAGGACGAGGUAUCGGCGUUGCCAUGGUGGUGCUAUCACUCCUGGUUGCUGUGUAUUACAACGUAGUAUUGUGCUACUCUCUGUACUACCUGGCACAGUCUUUUCGAUCUGAGCUGCCAUGGUCAGGGUGCUACGAUUGGUGGGGUGCCGACCCCGAAACCUGCUACGUCCGUAAGCCUGGACAGGUCCGCUGUAGAGAUGUCCCUGAAAUGCUUCUCAAAAACUCCACUGCCGCCAUGAUCUCUUCGGCAUCUCCAGACGCCGUGUGGCUCUCGACUACCAAUGUGGCGAAUUUCUCGGUUCCGAAAGAUCUCUACUACGCCGCCUUAGCAAACUGUACAAAUGCCACACAAACAGCGUCGGAACAGUUCUGGGAAAAAUACGUAUUAAAUUUGUCUUCCAACAUUGACGAAGUUGGCUACCUCAAAUGGGACCUGUGUCUCUGCUUGUUUGUGAGCUGGGUUAUCGUAUUUUUCUGCCUCAUAAGGGGAGUAACUUCAUCCGGAAAGGUCGUAUAUUUCACGGCAACAUUUCCGUACGUUGUCCUAACGAUUCUUCUUGUCAAAGGCGUCACGCUGUCCGGUGCAUCCGAAGGGAUACAAUACUUCUUGGUGCCGGAUUUUAGUAUGUUAACAGAUAUAAAUUUAUGGCGUAGAGCGGCCGAACAAGUCUUCUAUUCGCUCGGCGUUUCCUGGGGAGGCCUCAUCAUGUGCGGGAGCUAUAACAAGUUCAGGAAUAGGUCUAUCUACAUUGACGUAUCCAUCGUUGUCGUGGCGGAUUUGAUAACAAGCUUCCUGGGCGGCAUAGCAAUCUUCGCUGUGCUUGGUCACAUGUCUAUGGAGUUGGGUGCUCCCAUUGAAGGUGUUGCCAAAGCAGGACAAGGGUUGGCGUUCGUGGUCUACCCAGAAGCCCUUGCGACAUUUUGGUGUCCGCAGCUGUGGUCCGUCAUCUUCUUUGUCAUGCUGUAUCUUCUGGGCAUCGACAGUGAGUUUCCACUUCUGCAAACGGUGCUCACUGUGCUUUCCGACACGUUUCCAAAACUGGAGAGGCACCGCUCUCUGAUGGCAUUCAUUUCUUGUACUGGAUGUUUCCUUAUCGGACUUACGUGUGUUACUCAGGGAGGUCAAUACGUCCUGAACCUACUGGACACAUACAGUGCUGGAGUUUCGCUCAUGUUCAUUGCUCUCUGUGAAGUGAUAGCCGUUAUGUGGAUUUAUGGUGUGAGGAACUUUUCCAACGACAUCAAGUUCAUGCUGGGAAGCAGUCCACCGUGGUUGUUCAAGAUUAGCUGGGCUGUCGUUUCGCCCCUUGUUCUAUGUGUGAUAACCGCUUAUGGUGUCGUCCAGUCAGGGCCGGUCAUGUACAACAACAAUGAGCCCUACCCAGAAUGGGCGAACUAUUUUGGCUGGUUCAUAGCCGCUUUGUCUAUGGUACAGAUACCUUUGUGGGCUGUCGUGGCAAUGUACAGACGUCGAAAGAAUCUCACAAGUGCAUUUCAGCCGACGACAAGUUGGGGACCAGCAGAGCCUAAACAAUUCUACGAAUACCGUGCACUUCGAUGGUCACCUGAGAACAAUAACCUGCGCGACCUCCAUCUCUAUACGACGACCAAUGGACUGCACUAGGAUGAACAUGACCAACGUUUACAUGACCAACAUUGGAUGGUGGACACUCGACGUCAUCAUCGUCAUUUCUUUUUCUGCUGUGCAGAAAAUCUACUUAUCAAUUAAUCACUCGAGCAUCAGCUUCGCCGAAGCGGAAACACUGACCAUCUCAUAUGCCCUCAUUUGUGUCAAUUGUGCAAAAAAUAAAAUGUCACUCACA